CCGGUUAAGGGAGUGUGAGGUUUGCGAUUUUACGUUUUCGUUCACCUCUGUAUUUUCGUUUUCAUUAUACAUUUUGGAUUAAAUUUUCAUUGUUCUAGUUCUUGUUUUUGCAUUUUCGACCAUCUCAUGGCUUUUCGUGGAGGGUGUAUUGUGGUUUUGGGGUUCUCUAUUUUUCUUCUGAGCGUUUCAUCUGAGUACGUACGGCCACGCCCUCGAAAAACACUUCGAAUUCUACCAGAAAAGGACCAGGAUAAGCAAACGCCUCAGCAGGUGCAUAUUUCACUAGUAGGCAAUGACAGGAUGAGGAUCUCAUGGAUAACUGACGAUGAAUCCACACCGUCUGUUGAAUAUGGAACGUCAUCUGGGAUAUACGAUGCAUCGGCAACCGGAAAUACGUCUACAUAUUCUUAUGUUUUGUACAAAUCAGGCCAAAUACACGACGUUAUUAUAGGUCCUUUGAAGCCCGAGACCGUUUAUUUCUACCGCUGUGGUGGCUUUAGUGGCAAGGAGUACUCCUUCAAGACCCCACCCUCUAAGCUUCCCAUCAAAUUUGUUGUCGUAGGUGAUCUUGGACAAACAGGAUGGACAAAGACAACACUGCAACACAUUGAAAAUUCAGGCUAUGACAUGCUAUUGUUGCCGGGUGAUCUCUCAUACGCCGAUAGUAUUCAAAGCCUAUGGGACUCAUUCGGUCGCCUGAUUGAGCCCUUGGCUAGCCAAAGGCCAUGGAUGGUGACACAGGGAAACCAUGAGAUAGAGAAGAUUUUUCUGAUAGCUCCUGACUCUUUCAAGGCUUACAAGGCAAGAUGGCACAUGCCCUUUGAAGAGAGUGGCUCGGAUUCAAACCUGUUCUACUCCUUCGAGGUCCCUAGUGUCCAUGUUCUCAUGUUGGGCUCUUACACCGACUUCGAUCAAGGAUCAGCUCAGUAUCAGUGGCUUCAAUCUGAUUUGGCUAAGGUUGAUAGGAAGAGGACACCAUGGCUUCUUGCAUUCAUACAUGCUCCAUGGUACAAUACCAAUUCUGCCCAUCAGGGGGAAGGGGAAGACAUGAGGAAAGCCAUGGAAGAGUUGCUUUAUGGUGCAAGGGUUGAUGUUGUGUUUGCUGGUCAUGUCCAUGCCUAUGAGCGUUUUGCUCAAGUGUAUAAUAACCAACCUAACAAUUGUGGUCCGGUGCAUAUCACGAUUGGUGAUGGUGGCAACAAGGAGGGCCUUGCAAACAAGUUUUUGGACCCAAAACCAGGAUGGUCCCUAUUCAGAGAAGCCAGCUUUGGACAUGGACAAUUGCAGGUUGCAAAUGAGACCCAUGCGCUCUGGACUUGGCACCGUAAUGACGACGAUGAGUCAGUGGUGGCCGAUCGACUCUGGCUAACUGGCCUUGCACAUACCAUUUGUGUCCCACACUAAGCUCUCACGACAAACACACUCAAGAAUAGAUGAAAGAGAUAGAAAACACUUCAAGAAUUGACGAGAGAGAAAAGACUCGAGAAUUGAUGAGAGAGAGGGGUGGUUGAAUUGGUUUAUAGAAAAGCCUAAAAAAAUGGCACAUUUGACACUCUUGAUUAUUAAUAUUUAAAGUAAAGCUUGCUUUUGGAUGA